AUGCCGCCGUCCCUGAUUCCCCAGACACCUCACAAGGAUGACUUGGAUGAAACUGCGGUUCACAAUUUUUGCACAUCACAAAAGGCUGUCGGCAAUGGCCAUGGAUUACAAGCACAUCGCGGUGGUUCGUCUUCAUCAACGCACAAAUCCUCAAAGAUAUACCGGGCCCCUGGAUCUAACACUGCUUCAGCACAUCUGCUAGGAGAGGAGCUAUAUAAGCUGCUUGGAGAGUACCUUUCACGUCACCUCGAUGCUGUGCAUCAUGAGUCUAAGGGCCACGCCGAGGAGGCCCUGCUAGGGUUCUACAUCCGCGAAUGGACCCGUUACACGACAGCCGCCAAGUACAUCAACCAUCUUUUCGGCUAUCUCAACCGACAUUGGGUCAAGCGGGAGAUCGAUGAGGGUAAAAAGAAUGUCUACGACGUGUAUACUCUGCACCUCGUCAAGUGGAAAGAUGACUUCUUCAUGAAGGUCCAUGAGAAGGUUAUGGAAGCAGUUUUGAACCUUGUCGAGAAGCAGCGCAAUGGCGAAACGAUCGAGCAGUCGCAGAUCAAGAGUAUCGUCGAUUCUUUUGUUUCUCUCGGACUGGACGAAAGCGACAGCUCCAAGUCGACGCUUGAAGUAUACCGGAUGUUCUUUGAGAAGCCCUUCAUUGCGGCUACCAAGGUCUAUUAUGAAAACGAGUCGCGCCAGUUCGUGGCAGAAAACAGCGUGGUGGAGUACAUGAAGAAGGCGGAGGCACGCUUAGAAGAAGAAAAAGCUCGUGUGGGCUUGUAUUUGCACCCGGAUAUCUCGAAGCAUCUUACCGACACUUGUUUGGAUGUCCUCGUCACUGCCCACUCCGAACUACUGCGUGAUGAAUUCCAGGUUCUGCUGGACAACGAACGUCAAGAGGACCUAGCUCGGAUGUACCGGCUUUUGUCUCGCAUCAAAGAAGGUUUGGAUCCACUGCGGACGAAGUUCGAGACCCAUGUUAGGAAAGCAGGUUUGGCAGCGGUUGAGAAGGUUGCAGCGGAAGGCGAGGCGUUCGAACCCAAGAUAUACCAGAGCCUGGUUAACGAGGCAUUCAAUGGCGAAUCGGAGUUUGUUCGCUCCUUGGACAAUGCGUGCCGCGAGUUUGUCAACCGCAAUAAGAUCUGCGCGUCUAGUUCGACGAAAUCGCCGGAGCUGCUGGCUAAGUAUACCGACUCGCUGCUGAAGAAGGGAUCCAAGGCUGCUGAGGAGUCCGAGCUGGAGGAGAUGCUAGUCCAGAUUAUGACGGUCUUCAAAUAUAUUGAAGAUAAGGAUGUCUUCCAGAAAUUUUACUCCAAGAUGCUUGCUAAGCGAUUGGUGCAUGUCAGCUCGGUGUCCGAUGAUGCGGAGACUAGUAUGAUCAGCAAGCUCAAGGAAGCCUGCGGUUUCGAGUACACCAAUAAGUUGCAGCGCAUGUUCCAAGAUAUCCAGAUCUCGAAGGAUCUUAACGCCAGCUACAAAGACUGGCAAGACAAGGUACUUGAUGACGACGAUCGGAGGAAGCUGGUGGAUGCACACUUUCAGAUUCUGGGAACUGGGUUCUGGCCUCUUCAAGCUCCGUCGACAGACUUCCUUGCGCCACCGGAAAUUGUCAAGACAGCUGAGCGAUUCCAAAACUUCUACUUUGACAAGCAUAAUGGUCGGAAGCUGACAUGGCUUUGGCAGCUAUGCAAAGGUGAAAUCAAAACUAACUACAUCAAAAACACAAAGGUACCUUAUACUUUCCAAGUUUCAACCUUCCAGAUGGGCAUUCUUCUCCUUUUCAAUGAGACCGAUACCUUGACGUACGAGGACAUUCAAAAAGCUACCACUCUUGCUCCUGAGAUUCUUGAGCCGAACUUGGGUAUCUUCCUCAAGGCGAAGGUACUUACCAUCAACCCUGAGGGGUCCAAGCCGGAACCUGGCACCUCGUUCACAUUGAACUACAACUUUAGACACAAAAAGGUCAAGGUCAACCUCAACAUUCAGAUCAAGUCGGAACAAAAGGUUGAGUCGGACGAUACGCACAAGACUAUAGAGGAGGACCGUAAACUACUGCUUCAGUCUGCCAUCGUCCGAAUCAUGAAAUCGCGCAAGAAGAUGAAGCACGUCCAACUUGUCCAGGAAGUGAUCCAACAAGUCAAAUCCCGUUUCCCACCCAGGGUACCCGAUAUCAAGAAGAAUAUCGAAGCCCUCAUGGAGAAGGACUAUAUAGAGCGCUUGGACGGUGAUGAAAUCGCGUAUAUUGCAUAA